UGUAUUAGCUUAAUUAGUAGCUAGGCCUAAAAAAGCUAUGUUGAAGUAGGUGCAGGCUAGGCCUAGUCUAACCUUCCCGUUAAUGUCCCGUGAUGAAACCACCGUGGACCUACUAUUGCCAAUUGGGACCUUCAAGACGAGAUGAACUCGUACUGAAGUCAACUCGUACCAAUGUGGACAGUCGCUUGGGACACGCCCAUUCCACAUUUGAAAGUAUUAGAUGACUACACAGAAAUUCUUGAUCAAAUUUAAAUACAGUAUUCCUCACGUUGAACAAAAGGAAAAACGAGACGAUGUUUGCUCUCAAGCGUGGAUGUUUUCGCUUAAUGCGAAGAUUAGAAGACAGUAUUUCCCCUUUCUUUGAUUGCUUCCGAUUGUGUAUUUUUGCAAUUAAAUCUGUUACAUUUAAUUCGUUUUCAUCAAAGAAUGCUGUGUUGGAUGCAGCAAUGGAACCUAUUUUUUGGACCGUUGACAAAGUGGCUAAAUACUUAGGUCCUAUGUUUGUAGUCAUGGUAACCGGUUUAACUACAUCAGUGGUACUGAUAUACUAUUUUUAUGUUCUCCCAUAUUAUAUUGAGGAUCAGAUUGGACUUGUGGUGCCUUUUCUCUUAGUUGUUGGCCAUUGGCUUCUCGUUAAUAUUAUUUUUAAUUAUUAUAAGGGGGUGAGGACUUCCCCAGGUUGCCCACCAGUGAAUAAUUCUGAGAUAGGUGCUGCAACAAUAUGUAAGCGUUGUAUAGGACCAAAGCCAGCAAGAACUCAUCACUGUAGUGUGUGCAAUAAAUGUGUCUUGAAAAUGGAUCAUCACUGUCCUUGGUUGAAUAAUUGUGUAGGUCAUUUUAACCAUAGGUACUUCAUACAGUUCUGUGUGUUUAUGUUGAUGGGCACUAUCUUUGUUAGUAUCUCAGUGUGGCCGCUAUUCAAACAAGAAUUCUUUGACAUAGAGAAAACCUAUGCUAAUAUCGUACACUAUUUAUCACCAAUCAAAGGAAUUGCAAGUAUUGUAAAAGGUAGAGGUGUAGCGGAGAAUGAGCCAGAAAGAAAUGCUAUCAAUCAAAUUGUGCAUGAAAAGGAAAGUACAUUCCACAAAUUAAUUGUUUAUGAAUUCUUCCUGACAUUUAGCGUUACCAUCGCUCUAGGCGCACUCACAUUGUGGCACAUACUUCUGAUUAGCCGCGGAGAAACGAGUAUUGAACGCUACAUCAAUAAUGAUGAACGAAGCAGACUGAAAAAAGUUGGUGUGAUUUAUAAAAAUCCUUAUAGUUUUGGUUUUGUUGAAAAUUGGAGGAUAUUUUUGGGGCUAUCAGGUGGAAGGACAUUUUGGCGCCAUGUUCUGCUUCCUUCAUCACACAUUCCUAUCGGCGAUGGCAUUGUGUGGCGGAUUCACCAAGCUCAUAUCAGGAUCAAUAACGGUUUUAAGCACGUAUGAUAGCGGGAGCUUUGUGUCCUUGUUUCGUCAUAUUCUACUACCAUCAUCCCAUGCUCCCAUUAAUGAUGGCGUUCAUUGGUCAUUUGUUGUCACAGAAGAUUACAUCAAUGGGAAGUGCUAGCACAACAAGCCUUUGCAGCUAUUAGCCCUGCAAUUAGCCAAUCAAAAGUCAUAAUUAAUUUAAUAAUAAUGUGCUGUAAUUAGAUUUGAAAAGCAACAAAAUAUAAUUAGAUUUUUAUACAAAAUUUAAGACUUAAUUUAAUUAUUUUAAGGAAUUAUGUCAAAUGCUUAUAUUGCCAAGAUUGUACAUUAUAUUACUAUACUGUAAUUACUGACAAAGUUACCCAGAUCCAAAGCACACUGGGCCCUAUGAGACAUACAUAGAUUCCAGGCAUCUGAUUGGUUAGAAAGCAGGUAAUAUUCAGGGCCGGCGGAAUGUUUUCCAAGUGGGGGUGGGGGGGAGCCACUAGUAAGAUGAAUGGGAAUAUGAAUUGGUUUAAAUUUAGGGGGUGGGGCGGCCAACAUUUUUUCCAAAAACCCCAAAAAUGAGGCGGGUCUGGGGGUCCUCCCCGGGAAACUUUUGAUGGCAGGAAAUGUGCUUUCCUGACUUUGAGCUAGGUGUCUUUUAAUGACUUAAGGACUUUAAAUUCCUUUAAAAUUCAAGGCUUCACCCUUGAAAAUGGUCAGGUAAAUUUUUCUCAUUCUUAUUACAGUAAAUAGGCCUAUUAUGUGUGUAUCAUUAUACAUACGUUGCAUACGUAUUCUUUCUUGUAUGAGUCAAUGAACCCCAAAAAUUAAAGCUGGUCGGGGCCCUCCUCCGAGAAAAUGUUGAUUCCUAGAUGGCGGGAAAUGAGUUUUCCCGACUUCUAAUUUUCUUAUUUUAUAUUUUCAUUACUUUAUUUAGUCCUCGUAGAAUCUGUGUAUGAGGGGCCCAUGGCAGCAAAUUAGUUCCACUAAGUGGGUUGAAAUUCCAAUUUUCACACCCCCAGGCCAAAACCAGACUGUGUCCUCUGUAAUUACAGAGUAGCACAAUACUGCCACCCAAAAAAUAAAUAAAAGUAAGAUUUUAAUUGCUCAUUUUAAUGAACUACAUAAGUUGUCAACUUAAAAGUCACAGACCAAAAAUAAUAUAUAUAUUUUCUGUUGAUUUACAGAUGUUUUCCUAUAAAAAUAAUUUGCUGUCAGAAAUUUAAGGGUGUAUGCAAACACUAUGGGAAUUGGAUUAUCUAAGAUUUUAAUUUGAAAGCUAAGCAUUUCAAUGUUGUUUAUGGUAGAGUUUAUACUUGAUUCCAGUAUAUAUUUAAUUUAGCCUGUAUAUUUGUUCUUCAUGGUUUUGUAUUUACUUUUACAUUUCUGCAGAUAUUAUGUACUAAUUAUUUAUGGGUUUUUUAUUGGUCUUGGAGGGAAUAAAAUAUUUUUUGUGAAUGUUAGCAGAAGCCCAGAUAGAAAACACCCACAGAGUAGUAAACAUUCCAAAUGUUAAGCAAAUGAAAUAUAUAUUAAUUAAGUCGUAGAUUUUUAUAUUAUGGGGAAUAUGUAUGUGUAUGCCUUGUCUUGUUUACUUGUGUAGUUUUUCAAUGAUUUUUAAUUAUGUGGUUUCACAAAUUUGAUACUGUAAAGAUAGGUUGAAUUAAAGAGUAAAAAUGUAAAAAUUAGUAAUUACAAAUAUAUAUUUGAAAAGUAUUGUCAUAUGCUAUGACAUAAAUAAAGGUCUGCUAAACACUA